UAUUCCAACAUUGACGCCGCGUAUUAUACUAGUGAAGCAUGUACUGUGAAGUACGGUGAACGUGUGUGUAUUCCUAGUUGGUUUAUAUUUCAAAGUUCAUUGUUUUUCACGAUGCGGUAGCGUAUCCGAAAUAGCACUUGGAAGAAUUUGAAUAGAUAAUUUCAAAGCCGUUGGAAUUACUUCGGCAGAAUGGAAGAUCAAUUUUUUAUGGGUGAUAGCAGUCCUUACGACAAUGAAUUUCAUACCAGAAUUAAACGUGCUGCUACAUCAGACAAUCUCUUUCUGUACUUCAUUCUGUCCGUCAUGGCUGUGGUCAUUUUAGCAGCAAUAUGUAUGUUUUGUUGCGAUAACGGUGGCGGCAGCAGCGGUGGCAGCGGAGGAAACGGAGGAAACGGAGGAAGAAAUGGAAAAAAGUCCAGAGUAGGAAGAGUUUAUUAUCAGUCUCGACCAAAAAUGCACAAGAACAAGAAUUCGACUUAUUACGACGAUGAUGAUUGCUACGUUCAAAAUCAGAGCACUUUGAGGGAUGUCGACGCGAAUGAUUAUAGAGACAAUGACGACGAUAGAAGAAGUUACGAUUCUGAUCAUGAUCGCGGACAUCAUCAUCAUCAUCACCACAACGAUAGCACAAAUCAUCACCAUCACCAUGACAGCGGCCACCACGAUAGCAGUCAUCACGACAGCAGUCACCAUUUCAGCAGCCAUCAUGACAGUAGCAGUCAUUUCAGCAGUCACCAUGACAGUAGUGGUGGUGGUGGAGGAUAUGAUGGUGGUGGUGGUGGAGGAGGAGGCGAUAGUGGUGGUGGUGGUGGAUGUGAUAGUGGUGGAGGAGGAGGCGAUAGUGGUGGUGGUGGUGGUGGAUGUGAUAGUGGUGGAGGAGGAGGUGAUAGUGGCGGUGGUGGAUGUGACUAAUUUUCUACUAAAAAAAUCGUACCUAUUUUUAGACAUGUGUUUAUCGUGAUAUAUCAAGUAAAAUUUUUGUGUGUUUCUUUAUUUUUUAUUUUUUGAUAUGUAAUUGUAAUUUGUGAUAUGUUAUUACGAGGCAUUUUUUUUCAUACCUAGUACCUACUUUUAAUUCCAGUCCAGAUGUACUUAUCUGCGUAUGUACUUACAUUUAAUUUUAUACUUUUUCUAUUGUGAUAAUACCUUCAUCUAAGAGCUUGUAUUAAACAACUAUUUACUGUUUACGAAACUAGGUACUUCAUUUGCAAUAUGUAUUAGGCACCCGUAAUACCUGUUCGUUUCAGUACCAUACGCGUUUUUAUACUCAUAAAAACCCUUUUUUGUGUUAGUUUUAGUGUUGCUUCAUUAUACUCAACAUCGAUUUGGUUAGCCCUAUUUCAUUUUGAUUGUUGUAUUUUUUUUCUCUUUUUCAUUAUACAUUUCGUACAUGUGCA